CUGUUUUUGCGUGCAUAACUAACCUUCAACGCGCCCCCAGACAUAGCAAAACUAGUCUGGUGUAUGAGAUGGUGGUCUGACUGAUAAGACAACCACACCUGAUGGUUAUCGUGCUUAUGUCUGAAUAUUGAAGGGUUUUGCACAGCUGCACAAAUAUUUUCACCGGGACAAGAGCAGGUUCUCUCCAGCCUCUACGCACAAUCGAUCCCCAGCAACCUCACAUACACAUUGGGCAGAUGAUGUAUCUCAUGACUACCAUAUCAAAUCUUGUCAUCAGCGCCCAGUCUCCGAAACCGGUCGAGAAGAUCAAACACAUCCGACACGGUUGAUCCACCAUCAGUUGGCAUUUUUACUUACCUCUUCCGGCCUACCGACAUGCAUGAGUUCGCCUUGUAUGGUCAGGUCACCAAAAAUGACCACCAUCGGAUGCUCCAGCAACUAGCUGGCUACACCCGUAUGCAGCCACAAGAUGUCCUCGAGAUCCACCUGGUUUUCAAGGCUCGCCAACCGCCGGGGUUGGAUAAUGUCCCUUCGGCUGGUGGUUCUCAAGGGAUAAUGCAGCCAGAGGCUCAGAAAGUCAGGGCUAUGCUCAAUGCCGGCCUGUACUAUGUCCAACUGGUCGGCGAAUUGGCGCAGAAUGAGCUGAAGCAUACAGCAAAUGGCGAUAUAAGCAUGACCAGUGGCAAUGGCAAUGGCAAUGGCAAUUCUGAGCACGACAAAUCAACAAUUAAGUGGACAUUCGAGUUCAAAGACACUCCGGAUCCGGGCAAACAAGCAAUUAGUUCCAGACUACUCUACAGAAUACCAUUCGAAGCGGGAGACUUUGUUGAGUUUCUCAAUGCCUUCGGCUAUGAAUAUGUCUCUCGCUACAUGCUGGUGGGAUCGAACUUUUAUGAUCAGGACACCACGCUCUUUGUGCACAAAGUUGUUCAACUCCCGCAAGUACCUGCGGACAAGGCGAUCAGUGACGUAUCAUUUCUUUCAGACGUCUCCAAGCUCCAGGACUUUGAUAGAUCGGGCGGAUACAUCCUUCAAGCCUCGAUUGAUGUGGUCGACGGCAAUCACCCCGAGCUCAAGGACAGGGCAACCAGACAGCUGUUGGGACACAAGGAGGCACUGAAGCAGGCAGUUGAUUUGACACCCGGUGAUAGAUUGGCUUUGGAUACCCGAUUGCCUUCGGUUGUCCGUAGGUAGAUCUUUUUGUGUCCUGCUGUGCCUGCGUACAGGAGAGCAGGGAAAGCAUACCAGUGACUAAGCAUUAUGCACGUGACCUCUACUGACGUCCAUAGAAACGCGUUCAGGCGCGUACAAUUCGAGAAAUCUAAUAAUUCUUCAUGCA